GGCGCGAGUGCGGCGGGCACAGCGGCGGCCGCCCAGCAGCCCGGGCUCGGGUGGGGGGGCGCCGAGUGGGGGCGGCGGCCAGCAUGCUGCUCGGCUGCAGCUCGGCCUCCCACACCCGCUGCGCCCUCGUCCUCGCCAGCAGCGGCGGCGGCGGAGCAGCGAGCGGCGCCCGUGUCUGCAGCGGCGCCCGGUCCAGGCGCGCGGCGCGGCGGCAGGGGUCGGCACUGGGGCGGGGUGCGGGGACCCGGCAUGGCGCUGCGGAGGGGCGGCAACGGGGUGCCGGGGCGGCUGCUGCUGCUGCUGCUGCUGAGCGCCGCGUGCUGGGUCCCGCCGAGCGCGCAGGUGAGGCGGUUGGCGCGCUGCCCCGCCACUUGCAGCUGUACCAAGGAGUCCAUCAUCUGCGUGGGCUCUUCCUGGGUGCCCAGGGUCGUGCCGGGCGACAUCAGCUCCCUGAGUCUGGUGAAUGGAACGUUCUUGGAGAUCAAGGACCGCAUGUUUUCCCAUCUGCCUUCCCUGCAGCUGCUAUUGCUGAAUUCUAACUCAUUUACAGUCAUCCGGGAUGAUGCUUUUGCUGGACUUUUUCAUCUCGAAUACCUGUUCAUCGAAGGGAACAAAAUAGAAACCAUUUCAAGAAAUGCCUUCCGUGGCCUCCGCGACCUGACUCACCUUUCUUUGGCCAAUAACCACAUAAAAGCACUCCCGAGAGAUGUCUUCAGUGAUUUAGACUCUCUGAUUGAGCUAGAUUUGAGGGGCAAUAAAUUUGAAUGUGACUGCAAAGCCAAGUGGUUGUACCUGUGGUUGAAGAUGACGAAUUCCACGGUUUCGGAUGUGCUGUGUAUCGGCCCCCCCGAGUACCAGGAGAAGAAGCUCAAUGACGUGAGCAGCUUUGACUACGAGUGCACGACGACAGAUUUUGUCGUCCAUCAGACUCUGCCCUACCAGUCGGUCUCGGUGGACACGUUUAACUCCAAGAACGAUGUGUAUGUGGCCAUCGCCCAGCCCAGCAUGGAGAACUGCAUGGUGCUCGAGUGGGACCACAUCGAAAUGAACUUCCGGAGCUACGACAACAUUACAGGUCAGUCCAUCGUGGGCUGCAAGGCCAUCCUCAUCGAGGACCAGGUCUUCGUGGUGGUGGCCCAGCUCUUCGGCGGCUCUCACAUCUACAAGUACGACGAGAGCUGGACCAAGUUUGUCAAAUUCCAAGACAUCGAAGUCUCUCGCAUCUCCAAGCCCAACGACAUCGAGCUGUUUCAGAUCGACGACGAGACGUUCUUCGUCAUCGCCGACAGCUCAAAAGCCGGCCUGUCGACGGUGUACAAGUGGAACAGCAAAGGGUUCUACUCGUACCAGUCCCUGCACGAGUGGUUCAGGGACACGGACGCCGAGUUCGUGGACAUCGACGGGAAGUCGCACCUGAUCCUGUCCAGCCGCUCCCAGGUGCCCAUCAUCCUGCAGUGGAACAAGAGCUCCAAGAAGUUUGUCCCCCACAGUGACAUCCCCAACAUGGAGGACGUGCUGGCCGUGAAGAGCUUCCGGAUGCAGAACGCCCUCUACCUCUCCCUCACCCGCUUCAUCGGGGACUCCAGGGUCAUGAGGUGGAAUAGUAAGCAGUUUGUGGAGGUCCAGGCUCUCCCCUCCCGGGGGGCCAUGACCCUGCAGCCCUUCUCCUUUAAAGAGAACCACUACCUGGCCCUGGGCAGUGACUACACGUUCUCUCAGAUCUACCAGUGGGAUAAAGAGAAGCAGCUGUUCAAGAAAUUCAAGGAGAUUUACGUGCAGGCACCUCGGUGCUUCACAGCGGUCUCUACCGACAGGAGAGAUUUCUUUUUCGCCUCCAGUUUCAAAGGGAAAACAAAGAUUUUCGAACACAUAGUGGUUGACUUAAGCUUGUGAAGGUGGGGGUUGCUGGGUGAACGUGAGGGGCACGUAGCACUAGCUCUCCCAAGACAGGGCGAGGACAGAAAUUUUAAAAAGGAGCCAGGUGCAGAGAGGUCUGGAACUAAACCUGCAUUGGGGAAGUAGUUAGAAGUUUUCAACCUUUUAGAACUCACAUUUUAAUCAGGGAUUGCAUUUAUUGGCUAACUGCAUGACAUGCCCAUUCUCCCAUU